AGCGCAGCGGACCGCGCCGGGGCCCCGACGCCCUGCCGGAGAAGAUGAAUUUGCAACUGAUCAUCUGGAUUGGCCUGUGCAGUUCAAUUUGCUGUGUUUUUGGCCAAACAGAUGAAAAUAAAUGUUUAAAAGCAAAUGCCAAAUCUUGUGGAGAGUGUAUACAAGCAGGGCCAAAUUGUGGAUGGUGCACAAACUCAACAUUUUUACAAGAAGGAAUGCCUACGUCUGCACGAUGUGAUGAUUUAGAAGCUUUAAAAAAGAAGGGUUGCCAUCCAAAUGACAUAGAAAACCCCAGGGGCUCAAAAAAGAUCAAGAAAAAUAAAAAUGUGACCAACCGGAGCAAAGGAACAGCAGAGAAACUCCUUCCGGAAGACAUCACUCAGAUACAGCCACAGCAGUUGGUCCUGCAGCUGCGAUCAGGGGAGCCUCAGACAUUCAAAUUAAAAUUCAAGAGAGCUGAAGACUAUCCAAUUGAUCUCUACUACUUGAUGGACCUCUCUUACUCUAUGAAAGAUGAUUUGGAGAACGUGAAAAGUCUUGGAACAGACCUGAUGAAUGAAAUGAGGAGGAUUACUUCAGACUUUCGCAUUGGGUUUGGCUCAUUUGUGGAGAAAACUGUGAUGCCUUAUAUUAGUACAACACCAGCUAAACUCAGGAAUCCCUGCACAAGUGAACAGAACUGCACCAGUCCCUUCAGCUAUAAAAAUGUGCUUAGUCUUACUGACAAAGGAGAAGUAUUCAAUGACCUUGUUGGUAAACAGCGCAUAUCUGGAAAUUUGGAUUCUCCGGAAGGUGGCUUUGAUGCCAUUAUGCAAGUUGCGGUUUGUGGAUCAUUGAUUGGCUGGAGGAAUGUUACCCGGCUGCUGGUGUUCUCCACGGAUGCUGGAUUUCACUUUGCUGGAGAUGGAAAACUUGGUGGCAUUGUCUUACCAAACGACGGGCAGUGCCAUCUGGAGAAUAAUGUGUACACGAUGAGUCAUUAUUAUGAUUACCCUUCAAUUGCUCACCUUGUCCAAAAGCUUAGUGAAAAUAACAUUCAGACGAUUUUUGCAGUUACUGAGGAAUUUCAGCCUGUUUAUAAGGAAUUGAAAAAUUUGAUCCCUAAAUCAGCAGUAGGAACAUUAUCUGCAAAUUCUAGCAAUGUAAUUCAGUUGAUCAUUGAUGCAUACAAUUCUCUUUCCUCAGAAGUCAUUCUGGAGAACAGCAAGUUGCCAGAAGGAGUGAAAAUAAGUUACAAAUCUUUCUGCAAAAAUGGUGUGAAUGGAACAGAGGAAAAUGGAAGAAAAUGCUCCAAUAUUUCCAUUGGAGAUGAGGUUCAAUUUGAAAUAAACAUAACUUCAGAAAAAUGCCCAAGUAGGAAUCCUGAAACAAUUAAAAUUAAACCUCUGGGCUUCACCGAAGAGGUAGAGAUCAUUCUUCACUUCAUCUGUAAUUGUGAAUGUGAAAAGGAAGGAAUUCCUCAUAGUCCCAAGUGUCAUGAAGGAAAUGGGACUUUUGAGUGUGGAGCUUGCAGGUGUGACGAGGGACGUGUUGGUAGGCAUUGUGAAUGUAGCACAGAUGAAGUUAACAGUGAAGACAUGGAUGCAUACUGCAGGAAAGAAAACAGCUCAGAAAUCUGUAGUAACAACGGAGAGUGCGUCUGUGGACAGUGUGUUUGUAGGAAGAGGGAUAAUACAAAUGAAAUUUAUUCUGGAAAAUUCUGCGAGUGUGAUAAUUUCAACUGUGAUAGAUCUAAUGGCUUGAUUUGUGGAGGGAAUGGUGUUUGCAAGUGCCGUGUAUGUGAAUGCAACCCCAACUACACUGGCAGUGCGUGUGACUGUUCUUUGGAUACCACUACAUGCCUGGCCUCAAAUGGACAGAUCUGCAAUGGCCGCGGCAUCUGUGAGUGUGGUACCUGUAAGUGCACAGAUCCAAAGUUCCAAGGUUCGACUUGCGAGUUGUGUCAGACUUGCAUUGGUGUCUGUGUUGAGCAUAAAGAUUGUGUCCAGUGCAGAGUCUUCAAUAAGGGAGAAAAGAAAGACACGUGUGAACAAGAUUGUUCGCAUUUCAACAUUACCAUAGUUGACAGUCGGGACAAAUUGCCCCAACCUGGGCAGUUUAGCCAAAUGUCCCAUUGUAAGGAGAAGGAUAUCGAUGAUUGCUGGUUCUAUUUCACAUACUCAGUGCACGGGCACAAGGAGAGCAUGGUUUACGUUGUAGAAACCCCAGAAUGUCCCACUGGACCAGACAUCAUACCAAUUGUAGCUGGUGUUGUGGCUGGAAUUGUUCUUAUUGGCCUUGCAUUGCUUUUAAUUUGGAAGCUUUUGAUGAUAAUUCAUGACAGAAGGGAAUUUGCCAAAUUUGAAAAGGAAAAAAUGAAUGCCAAAUGGGAUACGGGUGAAAAUCCUAUUUAUAAGAGUGCCGUGACAACUGUCGUCAAUCCGAAAUAUGAGGGAAAAUAAGCAAAUUUCGCAACACUGAAUGAAGAUAGUCAUUUUCAUAGUCACAGUUAGGUAGCUUGAGGGAAAUAUUGCCAGGUUUUGAAAAUGUACAAUAUGUAUAAUUUAAAAGACUUAUUAUUUUUGAAAAUAAUGUUAUAAUCAAUGCCAGGGACUGACUAAAGACUUGAGACAGGAUGGUUAAUCUUGUCAGUUAAGGUCACAUUGUGCCUUUUUGACCUUUUCCUCCUGGACUAGUCAAAUCCAGAUGUUGAGUUAAUUAUGAUCAUUUUCAUACCUUCUUUCAAAAUUCAAAAUUGGGUAAAUAGUUUGCAGGAGUAGUAAUUGCAAAAAAUGUCUCUGAUUUAGCAUAUUGACAUAAAGGUCUUAAUUUAUGGAUUACUUGCUGAAUUAGGGACCUGAGGGCUGAACUUCUGUUUGUUUCAUUCAUUUUAUUUUGUUUAAAGCCUGGUGCUUUUUUUAAUGACUUCUCUAAUCCUUAAAUGUAUUGUUUGUAAUUUGGGGUGAGACUUUUUACUAGUCCUGUUUCUUUGAUGUGUUGGCUGUAAAUUUGCCUUUUAGGAACAUGUGAAAUGGAACUGUGGCUUAAGCAGCAGCUCUCACUUGCAUUACUUUCAUUUCAGUUAGUGCUCUAACAGACCACUGUAUAUUUCUCACUGCUUGUUUUACCCAUUUUGUUUCUUACUAGUCACAUUUUUGUUUAAAGUGCCUUUUAAUUUUAAUAGUUCACUUUUUACCAUGCUGUUUCCUGAAGUUAUUUAUUAAAUAAAAUGCCUCAAAUAUUUAA